AGCAUUUAAGAGAGUCACGUGUAAGAUUACUCAGCCGAAUAACUCCUCGGCAUAAAUUGGUGGUGGGAUUUCCCUAGCCUGCAAUUCAACUAAUUACUUGUGACGAUUACAGCAGUUCAUACAAUCGCAAAGUCGAGGUUCGGUGACAAUCCCCCCCUUCGUAAUAAUCAUGGAGUUUAUUACUCGAGGCUUUAAGGGCUCUGCUGUCAAAUACUCUCCCUUCUUCGACAAUCGAAUCUGUGUAACUGCUUCUGCCAAUUAUGGGCUGGUAGGAAAUGGGAGACUAUAUAGCUUGAUGUUGACUCCGCAAGGUAUUCAAGUACAGAAAACUUUCGAUACUCAAGAUUCCAUUUACGAUUUAGCAUGGUCCGAAUCGAACGAAAACCAAGUCGCUGUCGCAUGUGGUGAUGGAAGCGUCAAAUUAUUUGAUACCGCAAUUCACGAACAAUUUCCCGUCGCAAACUUUCAUGAACAUGGUCGCGAAGUUUUUGCUGUUCAUUGGAAUUUGGUCUCAAAAGAUACAUUUGUUUCAAGCUCUUGGGAUGGUACAAUUAAACUAUGGAACCCAAAUCGCGCAAGCUCAGUUCUCACAUUACCUACACAUUCUUGCACAUAUAGUGCUGCCUUCUCUCCUCAUUCACCGUCGAUCAUAUCAUCUGUCUCCUCAGAUUCACAUUUAAGAAUAUUUGAUCUACGUACCCCUUCCUCGGCUUCCAAUCAUUUAGUCUCACUUAUUCCAAUCCAUGGUUCCUCACCAAGUGCAGGCUCUCUGGGAGCAGUAGGAAGUAAUCGUCAAGUUUCACCUCCAACCGAAGCUCUCACCCAUGAUUGGAAUAAAUAUCGUGAGGGGGUUAUCGCAACGGCUGGUGUGGAUCAAGCGAUUCGAACUUUUGAUCUUCGCAACGUGGGUGGUGGACCUGUCGCCAUUUUAAGAGGACAUGAAUAUGCUGUUCGAAAAUUGGUCUGGAGUCCCCAUCUUAGUGAUACCCUCUUGAGUGCCAGUUAUGACAUGUCCUGUCGCAUCUGGACUGAUGGUACAAUGAAUGCCACCAUGCCUCGUCAAAUCGGUCGCAUGGACGCUCACACCGAAUUUGUACAUGGUGUGGAUUGGUGUCUUUUUGGGGAAGGUUGGUGCGCCAGCACUGCUUGGGAUGAAAGAUUACUGGUCUGGGAUGUUCGCUCUGUUAUGACCGCAUAAUUCUUGACACAGUUCUCCUUCCCUUGCUUCUUCUUCGCCUUUCUUUCUUCCACUGAAGUUUAAUGGACUUUCCUUUCUUUCUGCAGACUUUGGGGAAUCACAUGUCCCUGGGAGCGAUACGAUACCACAUGAAUGGCGUUUUACCUUUUGGCGUGAGGGAUAUGAAAAUGGAAAUUUCUAUAGACCAGAGUCUUUGAUGUAGAAUCUACGCGUGGAUAUUACGUUCUGGAUUGUAGAGAAAAAUCUUUGAUAUUGGGUAUCGGGGUAUCGGGAUACUGGGAAAUUAAGAGGAGAGUGCAUUGCGCAUAGAUGGAUGUAUACAUACGUAUACACUUUUCCUGCGGGAAGGGUUCAAAGCGAUGAAAAACUUGGUAUAGAUUAAUAUAAUUAAAUCAUCU